AUGCCGUCGGAGCUACUCGAGCGCGUGGAGAAAUGGGCCGCCGAGACGCCCAGCAAGGAGCUCAACAGGCGCGUGCAGAACCUCGCGUGGCUUCUACUGUCCUCAACGCAGCAACACAGCAGAGGACUGGGGCUGAGUCAAGGAGACCGAGUGUUGCUGGUGUAUCCUCCAGGUUUGGACUUUAUCGUAGCCUUUCUGGCAUGUCUGAAAGCCGGCGUGGUGGCAGUACCCGUGUACCCGCCGGACCCCCGCAAGAUGAAGAAAGACAUCAGUAUGUUUGUGUCAGUGACACAGAACUGUCAGGCCAAGACGGCACUGACUUGCUCAAUGUACUUCAACGUCAAGAAGAUAGCGGCGAUCAAAGACAAGUGCACUUUCUCUGGUGCUGCUCAGUGGCCAGAGCAUUUAUCCUGGGUCGUAACGGACGAUCUGGUCGACACCAAAGGGAUUGACCCAACCAAGCACUGGCUCACCCAGUCACCUUCCACCGACAGCACAGCAUUUCUUCAGUAUACGUCGGGGUCGACCUCAGCUCCCAAGGGAGUGGUGCUCUCGCAUGGAAACCUGAACCACAACUUGCGCACUAUCAGCUCAGCGCUCCACGCUGGACGAGAUACGGUGGUGGUGUCAUGGCUGCCGCAAUACCACGAUAUGGGUCUUAUAGGCGCUUACCUAGGCACCAUCUUCAAUGGUGGAACGGGUGUGUAUCUGUCCCCGUUCAGCUUUAUACGCGACCCAUGUCUGUGGCUCCGACUGGUCUCCAAGCACCGUGCCACACACCUCCAGGCUCCGAACUUUGCCUAUUCGCUUCUUGCAAGGAAGAGCGACCGACUUACUGUUGGUCUGGCCAGUGGGCAACAAGUGGACCUCUCCAGUGUGCGGCACAUGAUUAAUGGUGCUGAGCCUAUUCAAGGUGAAGCCAUGGACAACUUCUACCGCGCUUUCUCUCCUUUUGGCCUGCCUGAAGGUGUCGUGAAGCCUACGUAUGGUCUGGCAGAGCACACGGUGUACGUCUGCGGUGGCGGACAGCAAAGACUGUGGGUUGACAAGCAAGAAUUGGAGAGUAACCGCGUCUUCCGAGUGGUGGAGAAGACCAACACCUCUGGUCUGGUGAAAGAGAUGAUCGGCUGUGGUGUGCCAUCCAGGAAGGACUACGGCAUUGACGUCUGCAUUGCCGAUGCAGAAACGGGGGAGGAAAAGCCUGAAGGAGAGACUGGCGAGAUCUGGAUCUCAAGCGCUUCGAAAGCUCAAGGCUACUAUGGUGACGAGAUGAGCGAGUUGUCAGUAGAGAUCUUCCAGGCUAAGGUGGUCGGAGAUACUGAGGGCAAAACGUUCUUGAAGACGGGUGAUUUGGGGGUGAUUUACAACCAGGAGCUGUUUAUCUGUGGUCGCAUGAAGGACCUGGUGAUUAUUCGAGGUCGUAACCAUUACCCACAGGACCUGGAAGCCACCGCAGAGACCCACGAAGAAUUACGUCCAGGUUGCUGUGCGGCCUUUUCAUAUGUGGCCGAUGGAAAUGCUGACGAUGAACAGCUGGCAGUAGUGGCGGAGCUGCGUGAUCCUGCGAUGACCAGCAAGGCAAGUCUGUGUGGAAAGAUCCGCAGUGCCAUCGCACGCGAACACGGCGUCAAAGUGACGCUGGUCGUGUUAUUGGCGCCUCGCUCCAUCCCGAAGACGACGAGUGGGAAAAUCUCGCGAUCACGAUGCAAGAAAGCGCUCGAGGAGAAGACGCUGAAGGAGCUUUAUCGUAAUGAAGAUAUGAUCGCUGAGAUCCCAGUCGAGGAUGGCGGGGGCGAUGAAGCCGUGGCAGGAGAGACGAUGAAUCGAAACGUUAACGGUCCUCGCGUCGCCCCUACCCACAGUGGCGCUACAUCGAACCUACCGUCGAUAAUCACGGGCGUGCCGCCUGACCAAGUCCACGCAUUCUUGGUCGAAGAACUCGCCCGUACUCUUGGCGUAGAAACAGCACAAAUUAACGACGACACGCCGCUACAGGAACUUGGCCUCGACUCGAUGGCGCUGACCCAACUCCAAGGUGUCAUUGCGCAGAGGUAUCAAGUGCAUGUGGAGGAAGGGCUGCUAUAUGGCGAGACGACUACACUUGCGAGUCUCCACGCUGGCCUUUGCGGUGGGGCGUCUAGUAACAGGACAGGAGGUGAUUCCGCCCAUGCCCCGAAGCAAAAACUCUUCUGUGGAUGCAUCGCGUGCUGAGGAAGGGUGGAGUGCAGGGUAAUACAGAUACAUAACGUUGAUUUUACAGCACGUGUAGCUGGUGAAGACGAAAAGAUUUUAAACGUGUA